UCUGUAGCUGACUAUGCUAUAUGUACAAGAAACAACGAGGGGUUGGGAUGUCUCGCUUUCUCUUCCGUCUCUGUUGUAUACCUUUUACCGGUUUGAAGCUAGCGAGACAGUAUCGGUGGUUAAAAGUCUUGCCAAAGGUCUUGUUCUCAACAGUGUGCACUGCUAGUCGAUCAGCUAGCUACAGACAGUAAAUCAACUUCAGCUAGCUAGCCUUUAAUAAUAAUUUAUUACAUUUCUAUAGCGCUUUUCAUAACAAUCUCAAAUCGCUAGAAAAGCAUAAAACACACAAGUAAUAGGUUAUCAUGAGUAGUCUAGUAUAGUUAGGUCCACCAAUAGAGUCCAAAUCUUUGAGAGCAUGCAUCCUCCAAAGAUGGAGAGGGACAGUUCAUGGUUUGAUCAGAGGAAGGUGGUCAGGGAGAUGGGUGAUAAAGAGUCUGGUGAGGAUCAUGUAGAGGGCUACUCUGGGAACCAGCCUGAGUCAUGUAGCUACUGGACGUCUCCUUCAUAAUGUACAUAUGGCACCCACUUGGGGUGAUGCCUCAGAGGCCCCCGGCAGCUCUGGGCACCAGAAAUCUCACCACACACAAUUCUAGAGCACUAGCCAGUCAUCCUCAUUACAAGCCCUCAGCCUCAGUAUGGCAUUCCUUUACUGUACCUCCCAUUCCUUUCAAUCUUCAGGUGAGUCUUUUCUUUAUGUUUUCAAAAGAUCAGGAACCAGCAGCCAGGUUAAACUUAAAAAGCUGGUACAGUGUCCAGAUGCAUCAUUCGAACAAAAACAAUUAGCCAGCCAGCUAAGUAGCCAGGCCAAGAAGAGUUAGCCCACCUGCAGAUUUGUGUGUCAAAACCACCAUGAAUACGCAAUAAAACUCCAGGUUAUCAAAAACAUAACAGGUGAUUUUAAAAUAACACGCAAUUAAAAACACUUAAACUUGAUUCAAUAUAAACUUGACUUAAACAUCUAUAUAUUUACAGGAGCUCUCUGCUUAGGCUGCUACUGGGGCGCCAUGGCGAGUACAGACCAAAUCAUAUAUCGACAGAUUCUGGAGAAGGCCAUCCAAUUCACAGAUGCAGAACAAUUGGAAUCAUUAAAAGCAUUCGUCGAAGCAAUGGUCAAUGAGAACGUCAGCUUAGUGAUCUCUAGACAGCUGCUGACAGACUUCUGCACAAACAUCCCCAGUCUUCCUGACAGCACAGCCAAGGCAGUCUACCACUUCACACUAGAGAAGAUACAGCCCAGGGUCAUCUCUUUUGAAGAACAGGUGGCCUCCAUCAGACAGCACUUAGCCACCAUCUAUGAGAAGGAGGAGGACUGGAGAAACGCUGCUCAGGUUCUAGUGGGCAUUCCUCUGGAAACAGGACAGAAGCAGUACAACGUAGACUAUAAGUUGGACACAUACCUGAAGAUCGCCCGUCUGUACCUGGAGGAUGACGACCCUGUCCAGGCCGAGGCCUACAUCAACAGGGCCUCUCUGCUCCAGAACGAGUCCACCAACGAACAGCUACAGGUCCACUACAAAGUGUGCUACGCCAGAGUGCUGGACUACAGGAGGAAGUUUAUCGAGGCGGCGCAGCGGUACAACGAGCUCUCCUACAAGUCCAUCGUCCACGAGACCGAGCGUCUGGAGGCCCUGAAGCACGCUCUCCACUGCACCAUCCUGGCAUCAGCGGGCCAGCAGCGCUCCCGUAUGUUAGCCACCCUGUUUAAAGACGAGCGCUGUCAGCAGCUGGCGGCCUACGGCAUCCUAGAGAAGAUGUACCUGGACCGGAUCAUCAGGGGGAGCCAGCUGCAGGAGUUUGCAGCUAUGCUCAUGCCCCACCAGAAGGCCACCAUGGCAGACGGCUCCAGCAUAUUGGACAGAGCUGUUAUUGAACACAACCUGCUGUCUGCUAGCAAACUUUACAACAACAUCACGUUUGAAGAGCUAGGAGCGCUUUUGGAGAUCCCUCCCGCUAAGGACGAUUGUCCCGAUGGUGAGGUCCCUGGUUACAGAUGCAAUCUGGCUGAGAAGAUCGCCUCCCAGAUGAUCACUGAGGGACGCAUGAACGGCUUCAUCGACCAGAUCGAUGGAAUCGUCCACUUUGAGACACGGGAGCCCCUGCCCACCUGGGACAAGCAUAUCCAGUCUCUGUGUUUCCAGGUGAACAACCUGCUGGAGAAGAUCACUGCGGCUGCUCCUGAGUGGACAGCCCAGGCCAUAGAGGCUCAGAUGACCCAGUAGACUGACUGACACCCCCUGGCAUGGAACACAUCACCCACACCGGGGCACCCCAUCUCCCUAUUCCCUAUGGAGGGUUCCAUUUUGGACAAAGCCCCCAAUUGUUUCCCCUAGAGGUUUUGGCUGGGUGUCUGGGCAAAGGUAUGCAAGAUCGUACAUCGCCGUACUCUACUGUGGACUGCAAACUCCAAAUUGUUCAGUUGAAGCCAGAUCCAGAUGUUUUUUUUGGCAUGGGCUGAUAGAGCUUCGCCGGGUGUCCCGUCUCUCUCUCUCGCUCUCUCUCCCUGGAGACAAGUUCCAAUCUAAUCUGGUGGUUCUCCAGCAUGUUUCUCUACUGUUUAUUAUGCUUGGAGGUUACCAUUCAUCUUUCUAGGACUAAUUAAUGGAUGCUUGAAUCCAUUGGCUCAUCAAGUUAGCAGUUGUUGCCAUCUCGUGUAUACUUUGAUUCAGACACUGGUGUCCCACAGUGAAGGUGUUUGUUAUUCAGGUUGAAAUGUGAAAGACACACGGGCAAUUCCUACUGACACUCUUUAUUUGUUGCUGUGUGCUCUUGUGCAAGGAUCUUGUUACAUUCUGUUUGGAGACAUUUUGUUAGCCCUGGGUGCAACAUCAACAAAGAGAUGAAUAAAAGUUGAAAGAAAA